CCCACAACAUGAGUCCCAGAGAGGAAGAUUGGAUUUCACAAGAGCUGACACCUAGAAUUGUUUGCUUAUGUACAAGGUCCACAUUUUGAGCCUCAGCUCAGCAAUCUCUGGAGGAGACAGACCUAAACUCAGUCUGAGAGAUCUUGCCGAACUGACACCAUCAGAGGGAAAUUUCAUAGCCUGGAAGUCUGCUCUUCAUUUGUUCCUGGGGACACCUGCAAAGACUGGUGUGGAGACAGCUUUCCAGGCUAAGGUACCUUCCAUGAUGUUCCCACUGCAAGGUGCCCAAAUGCUGCAGUCACUGGAGAGGUCCUUGAGGAAGAGCCUUCCUGAAUCCUUAAAGGUUUAUGGGACUGUCUUCCACAUGAACCAGGGAAACCCAUUCAAGCUGAAGGCUCUAGUGGACAAGUGGCCUGAUUUUAACACAGUGGUUAUCCGCCCUCAGGAGCAGGAGAUGACAGAUGAUCUUGAUCACUACACCAAUACUUACCAAAUCUACUCCAAGGACCUCAAGAACUGUCAGAAAUGUCUUGUCUCACCAGAAGUCAUCAACUGGAAACAGCAUUUGCAGAUCCAAAGUUCACAGCCCAGCCUGAAUGAGGUGAUACAAAAUCUUGCAGCUACUAAAUCCUUCCAAGUCAAGCAAACACAUUGCAUUCUCUAUAUGAUGGCUGAGACGAUAAAGAAACUAGUUCCUUCCCUGCUGGAGGGAAAGAACUUAUCACCCAACAGUGGCAAACCCAAGGCCAUCUGCCAAGAGAUGUUUAAACCCUCCUCCCUGGAUGUUACCCACGCUGCCUUGGUGAAUAAAUUCUGGCAUUUUGGCGGCAAUGAGAGGAGCCAGAGAUUCAUCGAGCGCUGUAUCCAGAACUUCCCCACCUUCUGCCUGCUGGGGCCUGAGAGGACGCCUGUAUCCUGGAACCUGAUGGACCAGACAGGAGAGUUACGGAUGGCGGGUACCCUGCCUGAGUACCGGGCCCAUGGCCUUAUCACCCAAGUCAUCUAUUCCCAUAGUCACUAUCUAAACAAACUUGGCUUCCCCAUAUAUUCUCACGUUGACAAGAGUAACAAAACUAUGCAGAAAGUUUGUAAGAAACUUGACCAUAUCACCAUACCCUGUGGCUGGAACCAGUGGCACUGUGUGCCCCUGUGAAGCAGCCCUGCACAGAAGACCAUGUCAGAUAGGCCUGGGAAGACACAAAGAAUAAGUUAUAAUUGUAAUCAUCAGUAAAGGAAUGGCACUGUUUGGGCUCCAGGGAAGCAGUGUGAUUGGUCAGCAAGACCACCCCAGUCCCUGCACUCGAACUGCAGAUGGGAUUCCUUUAGAUUUAUCACUAUGAAGCAGCCCAGGUACUCCUUCACUGGGCCCCACAGAAUUUAGCCUCCCAUACUUCUGGGAUCUCUGUGAUGCUCCUUCAUCAGCUACCUGGUGCCCCAAAUAGCUUCUCCUAGAACUCCUAGUAUAUGGAUUGGUAGAGCCCUGCCAAAUCUUCCAGGAAAGGGUAAUAUUUCCUGGGCAUUAUAACUUAUUCCUCUUUCUUUCUAUGGCCUUUUCCUUAGUACUCAGCAAGCAUAUUCUGCUCAUUAGGUCUGUAGAGAUUAUCUUUUCCUCUGAUUACUGCUUUAGAGGUAGACUAAAUAUAUACAAGUACAUAGGAGAAAUUAGGUUAAAUGUGAUACACAUGAUAUAGCAGAGAGGGUUAAUAA